CCCCUACCCUCUCGGCUACGUGUCCCCGGCGCCGGGCGGCCGGCGAGUCUGGAGCCCGCGCCGUCGCCGGCCGCGUCCUCCGGGCAUGGAAGGAGGUGGCAAGCCCAACUCUUCGUCUAACAGCCGGGACGAUGGCAACAGCGUCUUCCCCGCCAAGGCGUCCGCGACGGGCGCGGGGCCGGCCGCGGCCGAGAAACGCUUGGGCACCCCGCCGGGGGGCGGCGGGGCCGGCGCGAAGGAGCACGGCAACUCCGUGUGCUUCAAGGUGGACGGCGGCGGCGGAGGCGGCGGCGAGGAGCCGGCUGGGGGCUUUGAGGACGCCGAGGGGCCCCGGCGGCAGUACGGCUUCAUGCAGAGGCAGUUCACCUCCAUGCUGCAACCCGGAGUCAACAAAUUCUCCCUCCGCAUGUUUGGAAGCCAGAAGGCGGUGGAAAAGGAGCAGGAAAGGGUUAAAACUGCAGGCUUCUGGAUUAUCCACCCUUACAGUGAUUUCAGGUUUUAUUGGGAUUUAAUAAUGCUUAUAAUGAUGGUUGGAAAUCUAGUCAUCAUACCAGUUGGAAUCACAUUCUUUACAGAGCAAACAACAACACCAUGGAUUAUUUUCAAUGUGGCAUCAGAUACAGUUUUCCUGCUGGACCUGAUCAUGAAUUUUAGGACUGGAACUGUCAAUGAAGACAGUUCUGAAAUCAUCCUGGACCCCAAAGUGAUCAAGAUGAAUUAUUUAAAAAGCUGGUUUGUGGUUGACUUCAUCUCAUCCAUCCCAGUGGAUUAUAUCUUUCUUAUUGUAGAAAAAGGAAUGGAUUCAGAAGUUUACAAGACAGCCAGGGCACUUCGCAUUGUGAGGUUUACAAAAAUUCUCAGUCUCUUGCGUUUAUUACGACUUUCAAGGUUAAUUAGAUACAUACAUCAAUGGGAAGAGAUAUUCCACAUGACGUAUGAUCUUGCCAGUGCAGUGGUGAGAAUUUUUAAUCUCAUCGGCAUGAUGCUGCUCCUGUGUCACUGGGAUGGUUGUCUUCAGUUCUUAGUACCACUACUGCAGGACUUCCCACCAGAUUGCUGGGUGUCUUUAAAUGAAAUGGUUAAUGAUUCUUGGGGAAAGCAGUAUUCAUACGCACUCUUCAAAGCUAUGAGUCACAUGCUGUGCAUUGGAUAUGGAGCCCAAGCCCCAGUCAGCAUGUCUGACCUCUGGAUUACCAUGCUGAGCAUGAUCGUCGGGGCCACCUGCUAUGCCAUGUUUGUCGGCCAUGCCACUGCUUUAAUCCAGUCUCUGGAUUCUUCGAGGCGGCAGUAUCAAGAGAAGUAUAAGCAAGUGGAACAAUACAUGUCAUUCCAUAAGUUACCAGCUGAUAUGCGUCAGAAGAUACAUGAUUACUAUGAACACAGAUACCAAGGCAAAAUCUUUGAUGAGGAAAAUAUUCUCAAUGAACUCAAUGAUCCUCUGAGAGAGGAGAUAGUCAACUUCAACUGUCGGAAACUGGUGGCUACAAUGCCUUUAUUUGCUAAUGCGGAUCCUAAUUUUGUGACUGCCAUGCUGAGCAAGUUGAGAUUUGAGGUGUUUCAACCUGGAGAUUAUAUCAUACGAGAAGGAGCCGUGGGUAAAAAAAUGUAUUUCAUUCAACAUGGUGUUGCUGGUGUCAUUACAAAAUCCAGUAAAGAAAUGAAGCUGACAGAUGGCUCUUACUUUGGAGAGAUUUGCCUGCUGACCAAAGGACGUCGUACUGCCAGUGUUCGAGCUGAUACAUAUUGUCGUCUUUACUCACUUUCUGUGGACAAUUUCAACGAGGUCCUGGAGGAAUAUCCAAUGAUGAGGAGAGCCUUUGAGACAGUUGCCAUUGACCGACUAGAUCGAAUAGGAAAGAAAAAUUCAAUUCUUCUGCAAAAGUUCCAGAAGGAUCUGAACACUGGUGUUUUCAACAAUCAGGAGAAUGAAAUCCUCAAGCAGAUUGUGAAACAUGACAGGGAGAUGGUGCAGGCAAUCGCUCCCAUCAAUUAUCCUCAAAUGACAACCCUGAAUUCCACAUCCUCAACUACGACCCCGACCUCCCGCAUGAGGACACAAUCUCCACCAGUGUACACAGCGACCAGCCUGUCUCACAGCAACCUGCAUUCCCCCAGUCCCAGCACACAGACCCCCCAGCCAUCAGCCAUCCUUUCACCCUGCUCCUACACCACCGCGGUCUGCAGCCCUCCUGUACAGAGCCCUCUGGCCGCUCGAACUUUCCACUAUGCCUCCCCCACCGCCUCCCAGCUGUCACUCAUGCAACAGCAGCCUCAGCAGCAGGUACAGCAGUCCCAGCCGCCGCAGACUCAGCCACAGCAGCCGUCCCCACAGCCACAGACACCUGGCAGCUCCACGCCGAAAAACGAAGUGCACAAGAGCACGCAGGCGCUUCACAACACCAACCUGACCCGGGAAGUCAGGCCCCUCUCCGCCUCGCAGCCCUCGCUGCCCCAUGAGGUGUCCACUCUGAUUUCCAGACCUCAUCCCACUGUGGGCGAGUCCCUGGCCUCCAUCCCUCAACCCGUGACGGCGGUCCCCGGAACGGGCCUUCAGGCAGGGGGCAGGAGCACUGUCCCGCAGCGCGUCACCCUCUUCCGACAGAUGUCGUCGGGAGCCAUCCCCCCCAACCGAGGAGUCCCUCCAGCACCCCCUCCACCAGCAGCUGCUCUUCCGAGAGAGUCUUCCUCAGUCUUAAAUACAGACCCAGACGCAGAAAAACCACGAUUUGCUUCAAAUUUAUGAUCCCUGCUGAUUGUCAAAGCAGAAAGAAAUACUCUCAUAAACUGAGACUAUACUCAGAUCUUAUUUUAUUCUAUCUCCUGAUAGAUCCCUCUAGCCUACUAUGAAGAGAUAUUUUAGACAGCUCUGGCCUACACGUGAAAUGUAAAAUAUAUAUACAUAUACUAUAAAAUAUAUAUCUAAAUUCUCAAGAGAGGGUCAAAAGACCUGUUUAGCAUUCAGUGUUAUAUGUCUUCCUUUCUUUAAAUCAUUAGAGGAUUUAAAAUGU